GGCAGCACUGACAUUGCUGAGCAGACCACAACCCGCCCAAAUCGAGAAGGGCAACUGCUGCACAAAACUUUUGCAGAAACUUCUUCAGCGAUCUGACAGAGGCACACAGGUUCCCCCAAUUAAAUUUCUCAAAACCUUGGACAGAGGAGACUGAAGACCUGUCUCCUUCAUUUCUGUCUCUCUUUCUUCCUCUCUUUCUCCCAGUAUGGCGGCGUGGGACCUGUCAGUCAUAGUGGAGGACCUGGGGUCUGACGCUCCACCUGUCACCCUCAGCGUGACCUCUGACCUCCACGUCGGAGGGGUCAUUCUCAAGCUGGUGGAAAAGACACAGAUCAAGCGUGACUGGUCAGACCAUGCACUGUGGUGGGAUCAGAAGCAGCAGUGGCUGCUUCGGACAGCCUGGAGUCUGGAGAAAUAUGGCAUCCACGCCGAUGCCCGGCUGCUGUACAUGCCCCAGCACAAGCCACUGAAGCUGGGUCUGCCCAAUGGCAUGACCCUGAGGCUCCAUGCCUGCUUCUCCAGCCCUGUCUUCCAGACCGUGAUGGGCAUCUGCAGAAUGCUAAACAUCCGUCGCCCUGAGGAGCUCUCCCUCCUUCGGCCCUUAGAGGAGAAAAAGAAGAAGAAAGAUAAAGACUCAACAGAGGAGAUCUACGACCUGACCGAGGUGCCCCUCUCCUCGGUGUCCCGGCCCUGUCUGUAUAACGGCAUGCCAGCUCACUUUGCUGACUCACCUCAGAUGGAGACCAUAUACAAGAUGCUGUCAGUUACUCAGCCUCCCCCCGCCCCAGAAGUCAUAGCCAAGCAGUACCGUCCAGCCAGUGUGGUGGACAAGGCCCACAUCAAUGGCAGGUGGUUGGACUCAUCCCGUAGUCUUAUGCAGCAGGGCAUCCAAGAAAAUGACCGACUCUGGCUUCGCUUCAAAUACUUUUCCUUCUAUGACAUAGAACCCAAGUACGAUGUUGUGCGUCUGACCCAGCUGUAUGAACAGGCUCGCUGGGCCAUCCUGCUGGAGGACAUCGACUGCACAGAGGAGGAGAUGAUGCUGUUUGGUGCUCUGCAGUACCACAUCAGUAAGGUUUCUCAGUCGGAGCCCCAGAUGAUGAGUUCCAGUGCAGCCAUGGACGACUUGGAGUCAGCCCUGCAGUCCCUGGAAGUCAAGAUGGAGGGAGAGAGCAGCUCCGCAUCCGAGAUGCUGGAAAACAUGACUGCACCAGAGCUCAACGACUAUCUGAAGAUAUUCAGGCCAAAGAGAUUGACACUGAAGGGAUACAAGCAGUACUGGUUUAAGUUCCAGGAUACCUCAAUCUCUUAUUUCAAGAGCAAAGAGGAGAGCAUUGGAGAGCCGAUUCAGCAGAUAAACCUCAAAGGAUGUGAAGUGGCUCCAGACGUUAACAUGGCCGCACAGAAGUUCCUUAUCAGACUCCUGAUACCAGCACCUGAGGGCAUGAACGAGGUUUAUCUGCGCUGUGAAAACGAGCAGCAAUAUGCUCAGUGGAUGGCGGCAUGUCGGUUGGCCUCCAAAGGCAAGAGCCUCGCAGACAGCAGUUACCAGAGUGAAAUACAGAGCAUCCACUCCUUCCUGGCAAUGCAAAAGACCAACUCCAGUUCCCAUGGCAACGUACCUGCCAACGAUGAAAGCAUCAAUACUCACAGUCUGGUAUCGCCACGCUACCAUAAGAAGUACAAACCCAAACAGCUGACCCCUCGUAUUCUGGACGCGUACCAGAACGUGGCUCAGCUGUCACUGACGGAUGCAGUGACGCGCUUCCUGCAGAUCUGGCAGGCCCUGCCUGACUUUGGCCUCUCAUACAUCGUUGUCAGGUUCAAAGGUAGCCGAAAAGACGAGGUACUGGGCAUCGCUCCAAACCGCCUGAUCCGCAUCGACCUGGGGGUGGGUGAUGUGGUCAAGACCUGGCGCUACAACAACAUGAAGCAGUGGAACGUCAACUGGGACAUACGACAGAUGGCCAUUGAAUUUGAAGGCAAUGUCAACAUUGCUUUUAGCUGUGUGACUGCAGACUGCAAAAUUGUUCACGAGUUUAUUGGAGGCUACAUUUUCAUGUCGACACGCAGUCGUGAGAGGAGUGACACGCUCAAUGAGGAACUCUUCCACAAGCUGACUGGUGGCCAUGAAGCUCUCUAAGACAGAUGCCCACAUCAGAUCUUAACAUGAUUUAUUGUUGCAUUCAGGCAACCAUUAAUGGUCAGAACAGUAUAAGGGUUAAAAUAAGAUAAUCUGCUUGUGUGUACAUGUAUAAACCCACCUUGUCAAUCCACUUAAGUUCUUAUCUAGCCUUUGUUCCACACACACACUGUUUAUCGUAAGAUACAUCAGAGGUUGGAAGACUUUAAAUAUUCAGACAGUUCAAGACUCCAGUGGUCCUCGUGUUGACUUCCAGUUUCCUCCAGGAUGGACUGCUGCUGGGCCAAACUGCUGGUCAUCUGGUUCAAGCAUCAGCAGGACUAAAUUAAACUCAUGGAAAUGUAAAACCACUUGGAUAAGCCAGCAGCUACUUUUCUUUCCAUCUGUACAGAAUUAUAAUCAGAAUUGUUCAGGAUGCAAAGCCUUACUUUGUGUAGAGCUAUAGUCUUACUGUCACUUAGACUUCUGUUAGAAAUGAAUAACACAUUACAGGAGCCACAUUAUUAUUAAAGCUAGGAAUUAAAAACAUUGAUGAUAUAAUGCAUGCCAAUAUAAAAUGUUUACCAUUAACUAAAUAAAUAUAGCAAAUUUU